GUCUUUAAAAUAGAGGUGCUAAUGAAUGGAAGGAAGCAUUUUGUGGAGAAGAGGUAUAGUGAAUUCCAUGCACUUCAUAAAAAGCUCAAGAAGUUCAUAAGAACUCCAGAGAUCCCUUCAAAGCACGUGAGAAACUGGGUCCCCAAGGUCCUGGAGCAGCGACGGCAUGGCUUGGAGUUGUACUUGCAGGUCACCAGUUGUAUUGUGAGUAACUGUGGUUUUCUGGGCAACUUCCCUGUAAUGUUGACUUCUGGAAGACGUUCAGAAUGUCCCCAAGAAACCAUGAGGAAGUUAAGACAGGUGAAACCUCUCCCAGUCUUUCCGGAUGUCAGAGCGAUCCGGAUCGCCAG